GGCACUGCCAUCGGCGCCUCCUCACACACUUCCCAGAGCCGCACAAGUUACACAAGCGACUCGUCAUUCAGCUGAAUCCCAGGGCCAGCCGCGGACGCCGCCCCUCGACUCGCACCCGUCAGUUGAUCGAACUUCUUGACCCGAACUCUCGAGCGAGAUGAAGCCGUGGGGGAACAAGGAAUUCUGGGGCGUGGGAUCCGAGUACGAUCCUGACUGGCUUCUGACGGAGGCACAGAAGAAGAUCCGAGAUGAUUUGAUGGAACUCUGCAGGACUAAGAUUCGGCCCCAUGCUAUCGAAUGCGACAGGACCUACACGUUCCCCCGCGCGUCGCUGGACGCGAUGGGGGACCUGGGUCUUCUGGGCCUCGUCAUCCCGAAGGACUUGGGCGGGAUGGGCGAGACCCACACCUGCGGCGCCAUGGUUGUGGAGACGCUCGCUCGCUACGGCUGCCCUGCCACCGCCAUGAUUUAUACCAUGCAUCUGGGCGCCUGCACGACCCUGCUCUUCAGGUACCACAACAACCCCCACCUGAAGGAACUCCUGAAGAGAAUCACCAAGGAAAAGCUCGUGGGGGCGCUCUCUGCCUCGGACCCUGCAACUGGAUCACACGACUGGUUCCCCUUGUCAUCGAAGGUGCGCCGCCUCAACGCCCGCACCGUCGAGCUCCUCAAGUACGGCUCCUGGUCCACGGGCGCCGGCUACGCUGACUUCUACACCCUCAUGACGGUCAGCCCGGAAUUCAAGGGCAACUAUGCGAAUCUGUCGUGCUUUCUGGUCUAUAAGGACGAGAUACGUGCGUCGCCGGAGGAGUGGAGCGCCCUGGGGAUGCACGCCAACAUGUCGGGUCCGCUGCUGGUGGAGGGCAAGUUCGACGUCGAGAGGAUGAUUGGGCCGCCGGGAGAUGGCAGGAAGAACAUGGAAGAGUGCAUCGACUCCAGCUUCCUCCUGCUGACGUCCUGCUGCUGGAACGGAAUCGCCCUCGGCUGCAUCGACGUGGCUAAGAAGAGCGUGACGAGGCGGGCGCACGCGGACGUCGGGAUGCGAGUGUGCGACUACCCGGUCAUACAGGACUACUUCGGCGAGUCCCUGAUCGACACCAACGGGUCUCGAAGCAUGGCCUUCCUGCUGGGGAAGUCCCUGGACGACGCGACCAACAACAACGACUGGGCACCCCACGCCGACCUCGACUACCUCCCCAGGUCCAAACUCCUGCCCUGGCUGUGGCAACUGAAAUUCGUGGCCGCCAAGAACGUCAGUGUUGUGGGAGACCGGAUGCUGUACGCGUGUGGCGGCGAAGGCUACAAGACUGAACUCGGCUUAGAGCGCCUCAUCCGGGACGGCAAGGCGGGCUGGGUCAUGGCGCCGAGCAACGAGCUGCUGAAGAAUCUGGUGGGGAUGUCCGCUCUCAAGGGCUUCAACGCCAUCGACCUGUGGGAGGAGAACGCCAACGAACGCGUGCUGCAUCAGGAGGUCAAGAAAAUGACGCUGGAGCAGAAGGAGCGCGUCGGGCGUCGCCUGCUGGAGGAGGCGUCUCAGGAGCGACAGGGCGCCUCGGCCAACCACCCGUACCAGGACACGGACUUCCUCAACCCCUUCAACACAGCGCAGCCGAAGGCCCUCACGCAGGACCUGAAAACCCCUGACGGAGUGGUGCACAGCGCCGCCCUUCGCCAAGACACCUGGACGCCCCUCGCCCUCGUCUCUCGCAAGGACGUCGGGAGCAAGAUGAGCUCCUUCGUUUUCGCCCUCCCCAGGAGCACUGACCACACAGGAUGCUUCCCCGGACAGUUUCUUGCGGUGCGAGUGACCGUCGACGGCAAGCACCACCUGCGUUACUUCUCGCCUGUGUCUCGCCCGCAAGACUUCGGUCGCGUCGAGCUCGUCCUCAGGUUCGAGUCACAGGGAAUCGUCUCGAAUUUCUUCAAGGCACUUCAGUUGGGUGAGAAAGUGGAUUUCCAGGGCCCUUGCGGCGGCCUGGAGUACGAGCCGAAUCAGCUGGAGGCGCUGACGGUUCUGGCCUCUGGGGGAGGAGUCACCCCGGGGCUCCAGCUGCUCCGCUGCGUCGCCCAGGACCCCUCGGACAACACUAAGGUCACGCUCCUGUAUUACGUUGACUCCAUCCAGGACAUCCUUCACCGCGAGGAGCUGGACGACCUCGCUGCCAAGGGGGGAGAGAAGAUCAAGGUCGUGUACACUCUGGGGGAGACGCCGGAGGGCUGGAGCGGCGAGGAGGGCUUCAUCGACUCGCAGAUGAUCGACAGGCACAUCGCCAAGCCCAACGGGAUCAAGCACAAGAUCGUUGUGUGCGGCGGCCCCACCAUGUCGGUUUCCUGCGUGCAUGCUCUCAAGACCCUGGGACACUCAUCCGAGAAUAUUUUCAUCUACGGCCAGUUCGGAGUCGAGCAAGUGAAAGCUGUUUACGGAAGAUACGCCAAGCUCUCGUCCCACCGCUGUGAUCAAGCCUAAGUCGAGACAGCUUUGUAAAGACAGCAGUGAUUCCACCUCUACACACCAGUGCUUUAAUUAGAUUAUGUUGGCCAGUUUUUAUAUGGAUGUGUUAGUUAAAGAUUUAUAGUCCAUAACAAAAGUGAAUGUUAGAUUUUUUUUUCCCUCAGGAGAAUAUAUCCGUCUUUGAAACAACGAAAUGAUCAUAUAAAUAAAAUAGGUGUGUGAAUGUGUGUAUGCGCGCGCGUAUGUGUGUGUGUGUGUAAGUGUGCAUGUGUGUGUGAAAGCCAGCUGGAUAAUGAAAGACCAACGUUUCAUUUGUUUCCCUUUUCUUCUCUCGGAGACUAGCAGCUACAGCAUCCCUCCUUUAACUAAUCUUACCGCUAAGCAGACCUGUAGCAACUGACUGGUUGAGUCACACAUCUGGUACUUUGCUGCGCAGUGAAAUACCAUGCAUGUCAUCUUGGGCUGUUUGGUUUGAAGAGGGCUUGGUGUGGUAGAUAAGUAGAUAUACCUAUCUACCAGCUGAGUCAUCCGAUAAACACCUGUUAGGCAUCUGGUGGCAGCGCAAGGUUCUCACUCUUAAAGGGGAUUGGCAGGUGGUACUGACUCCCCUCCCUUUUGCUCUGCGCCGUCCACAAAUCUAAUACCAGUUGGUCAUCUGCAGAAACUCCCAUUCUGCGCUCAACCCCAAUGUCGUCUCUCGAUCUUCCACAAAGCUCUUCAUUUGCUCCUCCAGUCGUGGAUCCGAUGCUUAGAUUUCUGUUUCGUUCACACACGUUCCAGUGAUUUUAAGGUGGUUCUUGAUUCCCGAUUCCCACUGUUUUUUGUUUUUUUUCAGUGACUAUAGUGCUCUGUUUAUAUUUCCCUGGGCAACGGUUUCUCGGUGGCUUUUGUUUAUUUACAACACUCCCUGCACUCCAUCAGCUAAAGUUAUCUGCACAGUGUACAUGUGUUUCUUUGUGUGUGUGUGUGUGUGUGUGUGUGUGUGUGUGUGUGUGUGUGUGUGUGUGUGUGUAACUACUCAAAAUUCACAAUAUUUCUAGAUUAUAGAAAUUUAUCUGUACUCAUUCCCAUCACACAAAGAACACACGAAAUGCCUGUAUAACGAAUAUUAUUAAAACGAUUUUGAGACAA